CGAGCCCGCUCGGUUAACCGGGAUGCCGCGACGAGCCGCGCAUUCCAGCGGGGACACGUGACACUGCCGCGCAGCCUGAGGUAAACAACCGCGGCCCCGCCUCCCGGCCCCUCCACGCGCCCUGCUCAGCUCCUCGCCCGCGGGACGCGCUCCAGCGGGGCAGGCGGCUUCCUCCGAGUGUCCCCAGCGGCCGCCGCGGGCCGGAGCAGCGGCAGCGGGCGCGGCGCCCCGGGUCUACGGGCCGGGCGCGCCGGCCGGGAUCGAGCGCGCGUCCCCUCCCCGCCCCCACCGCGCGCUGUGGCGCAGCAGGAAUUUGGCGGGGACCUGGGCGCUAUUUGUGGCUCCUGACGCUCGGGCGGCCCUUCGCUCAUUUCUAUUCCCGGGGCACUGGGUCACCGCGCGCGGCCGCCCCCCUCCCCCGGGCCCGGAGGGUGUGUCCCCUCACCGGGGCUCCGCGGGCCUAUAAGGGGCCGAGCGGCGGGCAGGGACAUGCAGCUCUACAGCAGCGUCUACACCCACUACCCAGCCGGGGGCCCGGGUCCCACGGCCGCAGCCCCCGCUCCGCCUGCCGCCGCCGCCGCCGCCCCCGCGCCAUUCACGGUCUCUCUGCAGCCGCCGGGACCUGCCAGCGGCGCGCCGGAGCCCGAGACCGGUGAGUGCCAGCCGGCCGCGGCCGCCGAGCCCCGCGAAGCCGCCGCCGCCCCCGCCGCCAAGAUGCCCGCCUUCUCCUCCUGCUUCGAGGUGGUGUCCGGGGCCGCCGCCCCCGCCUCGGCCGCCGCCGCCGGACCGUCCGGCGGGUCCUGCAAGCCGCCGCUGCCGCCGCAUUACACGUCCACCGCGCAGAUCACCGUGCGGGCCUUGGGCGCCGACCGGCUCCUGCUGCGCGGCCCCGAGCCCGGCGCCUCGGUGCCCGCCGCCCCGGCCUGCCGCUGCCUCCUGCUGCCCCCGUUGCCAGGCGCUCCCGUCCCGCAGGGGCGGGGCUCCAUGGCCUGGCCCCUGGAGGAGCUGCUGAGGCCAGACGGCGCCGAGUCUGCGGGCCUGGACGCGGCCCGCGAGGGUCCCGACAGAAACUUCCGACUGAGCGAGCACCGCCAGGCCCUGGCCGCCGCCAAGCACCGAGGCCCCGCGCCGCCCCCGGGGAGCCUGGAGCCCGGCCCCGGCCGCGGCCCGUGGGCCGAGGAACGCCCGGCGGAGAGGAGCUUCCGGGGCUGGGACCGGGCCGGAGACCGUAGCGAGCCUCCCGGCGCCGAAGAGCCGCGGCGGCCCGACUCGGAGGCCGAGGCGCCCCCGGCUCGGAGCGGCGAGGCAGCCCAGGGCGGCGCGGCGGAGGCAGUGGUCGUUUCCACGUCGGAUCCACCGGACGAGGAACUGGCCCUGUACCUGGUGGAGGUGGAGAGGCAGGACAAGUACCUGCGACAGAGGAACCAGUAUCGAUUUCACAUCAUUCCCGACGGCAACUGUCUCUACCGAGCAGUCAGCAAGGCGGUGUACGGAGACCAGAGCCUGCACUGGGAGCUGAGGGAGGAGACGGUGCACUACAUCGCCGACCACCUCGACCAGUUUAGCCCCCUGAUUGAGGGCGACGUCGGGGAGUUUAUCAUCGCUGCUGCUCAAGACGGGGUGUGGGCCGGGUACCCCGAACUGCUGGCCAUGGGUCAGAUGCUGAACGUGAAUAUACACCUAACUACUGGAGGGAGGUUGGAGAGCCCCACGGUGUCUACCAUGAUUCACUAUUUGGGCCCAGAGGAUUCCCUAAGGCCUAGCAUUUGGCUCAGUUGGCUCAGCAACGGACAUUAUGAUGCAGUGUUAGAUCACUCCUAUCCUAAUCCGGAGUAUGACAAUUGGUGCAGGCAGACUCAAGUGCAGAGAAAACGCGACGAAGAACUUGCCAAGUCCAUGGCCAUAUCCCUAUCCAAAAUGUAUAUUGAACAAAAUGCAUGCUCUUGAAGUGUCUGAGAAACCUCCGCCCUGGGAAAAUGGCAAACCUUAUUUGUGUUUGGAGAAUUAUAUGAACUCUAACAGGGUAAUAGCACUUUCAAACUCUCUAGUAGAUUUACUUUAGGUGUAAUGCCUUAAUCGUUUUUUUGAAUGUUUUCUCCUCAGAGCUGAAGGUUGCUGGGCACCUAAAUGAUGUUUUAUGAUAACUUUGGGUGAUCCUACUGCUAUUUGUGAGUUGCUGUAUAAAGUUGGCACGACUUAAUUGGUAAGCUGGUUUCUCACAAUGUAAAUUUGUUCAUUCCUGAUAAUCUAUUUUCUAUAAAAACGUAUUUUUGCACAACGUUUUUAAAAACUGGUGUACCAUCAUCUAUGAUGUGUUUUGUCUAGACAAACAGCUUUCCAGCAUAAAUCGAGAGAAGUGCUUUAUUUGAAGUUUAUUAUUUUGAAGAGUUGUGAUUUAAUAUUUUCUGUUGUUGAAUUUGAAUUUUACAAUACUUAGACAAUUAUUUCAAAUGGAUGUUGAUGCAUACAUAUUGCCAGAUGAUGGCCCAUUCCAUUUUGAUGAAACAGAUGUGUUGUUUUGAAAAUCAUUAUUUUUCUAGAAAUGGCCAACCUUUAAAGAAAUACUUGAGGUUGUGGGAAGAAUUUUUUUUUCCUUUAAGGGCUAGUACCAGCUCUUACUUGAAUGCAAGCCUGAUGUUUGCUGAUGGCAGAGUGAUUAUUCUGUACUCUGGUUGAUGUUUAGACUGUCUGGUGCUCUCUGUUAUUUUUAUUUAUAUUUGUCGUUUUGUUGAAAAGGAAUCUUAACAUGAUGGAAGACUUGGUGACAAGAUAAGCCUCCUGCUUUAUAUAUAGUUUCUUGGAUUCAAUGGAGAGAUUCAAAAAUGAAUGGCAUAAAUGCCUCCAGCCAACCUUUGCAGUUACUUUAUAGCGGGAGAAUACUGUUUUAAUAGUCUGUUCCUUUAAAAUUCUUUCCAAAGGCAAAAUAGGACUGCCUGUAUUAUGUACAAAUAAAAAUAUCUGUAUACAGAGCUUGUAUGGUUUGCUGGGUCAAACAGUGUUUCCAACCUAAAACCUCUCUCAUUUCCACUUUUAACUACUUUAGUUCUAUUUAUUAAGUAAUGCAGUUUGUACUUUUUUAUUUUGUAACAUUUUGUGAUUUUUUUUGUACAAUACUGUGUUUGUACAAUAGAGCAGUUCUCAGCUGGUGGAAUGAGUGAAUAAAAUGCAUAAUUUUACUUUUA